AUGGAUGAUUCAAAGAUCCAGAUUCCUAUGGCCUUCAGAACGAAACUUACUCCAUCCUUGGACAAGCCAGCAGCAGAUAUCACACUAUUUUGGCAGAUGAUUGGAUCAUUAAUGUAUCUAACAUCAAGUCGUCGUGAUAUAAUGUUUGAUGUUUGUUAUUGUGCUAGGUUUCAGGUAAAUCCCUGUAAACCACAUAUGGUAGCUGUGAAGAACAUUUUCCGAUACCUCAAAAGAACAACAUUACUCGGAAUAUGGUAUCCCUCCAAUUUGGUAUUCUUUGUCCAAGCAUAUUCAGAUGCUGACCUUGGUGGUUGUGGCCUUGAUCGGAAGAGCACAUCAGGUGGAUGUCAAUUUUUGGAUGGAAAGCUUGUCAGCUGGCAAUCCAAGAAACAAACUUGUGUGUCAUUAUCCACACCAGACGCCAAAUAUAUUGCAUCAGCUUCAUGUACAUCUCAAGUAGUGUGGAUUCAGAAUCAAUUGUGUGACUACAUAAUCAACAUGAAGAUGAUAACGUUGAAGCUCACUUCAUCCGUUCUUCAGAUCAGUUGGCUGCUAUCAUCACCAAAGCAUUACCUGAAACAUCUUUCAAUAGGAUCUUGCAAGGGUUGGGAAUGA